AGCUUCUCUCAUAAUCAGAGCUGGAGCUUCAGGAUCCUCCCAGGAACAUUCAGGCCGUGUAUGUUUCCACCUGUGCAGGCUCAUGGACUCGGUGGUUCGGCCCCGGUUGCCCCUGGUUACGGCAUGGAGCUCCCUGAUUGGACGCCUCCUGCAGUGACUCAGCAUGUGGGCGGAGUCUCAGCCGGGCCCGUCCAGGGCCCCGCCCACCAGGGGGCGGGGCUACUGCGGCUACUGCAGGGUCCUAUACAGUAACCUGGACCAGCACCUGUCCAGCCUGAGACACCUGGACGCCGUCCAGACCUCGUCCAGAGAGACCAGCACCCCCAAAGCUGGAGGAGCCAGGUGGAGCCUGCUGGAGCGCUUCCUGUCUGAUGUCCUGGAGCACCACCCGCACCAGGACCAGGACCAGGACCAGGACCCGCACCCGCACCAGGACCCGGACCCGCACCAGGACCAGGACCCCGGGCCGUCCCACCCGGACCUUGUUCCUGGCCCCGCCCCUCCUGGCCCCGCCCCUCCUCUGCCUCCAGGUGUAACCCGACUCCUGCCCAGCUCUGACGACGGCUCCGUCCAACUGGCCAACGAGGGCAAACGCUACAGCACCGACAGCCAAUCAGGAGACGGGGCCUGCCAGCUGUCUCCUCCUAUCAGAGAGGAGGAGGGGCCACCGGACGACCCGCCCCCUUCUUCAACAGACCCCGCCCCCCUGGAGCAGACCCCGCCCCCUCAUUCCACCACCCCCCAUGAGCAGACUCCGCCCCCCCAGGACCAGGCUCCGCCCCCACAGGACCAGGCUCCGCCCCCCCUCCACAGAAAAGCCCACAGGAAAACCAACCGGAGGAAAGGCAGCGACUCCUCGUCGUCCCCGGGGGGCCGGGGUACCAGACCCCCCCAGAGUCCUGGUACCAAAACCCCCCAGGGUUCUGGACCUGGACCCGGUCCCCAGGACCGCCCCCAUAGUCCUGGUACCAGACCCCCCCAGAGUUCGCAGAACCGCUACCAGAGUCCUGGCCCCCCGGGGGGCCGGGGUACCAGACCCCCCCAGAGUCCUGGACCUGGUCCCGGGUCCCAGAAGCCCUGGACCUCCUGGCAGAGGGAGAGGAGAGAAGCCCAGAAGCAGGAAACCUUCUGCCCCGACGACUUGGAGCUGCUGGACGACACUAUCGACGAGGUGAUCCAGACCUGUUGCCAUGGUAACCAGGAGGACUGGGACGACCUGCGUCUCAGCGUCGCCAUGGAAACCCAGAGUGAAGACUGGGACGUGCAGGUGGAGCUCCCGGGGGGCGGAGCCAGCUCACCUGUCCGGGGGAACGAGGGUUCUGGUGGUUCUACAGGGGGGUUGGAUGGUUCUGCAGGUUCUGAUGUCGGUUCCCUGCAGGUGGAUCUCCCGGGGGGCAGAGCCAGCUCACCUGUCCGGGGGAACGAGGGUCCCGACCUCAGCCGGCUCAUGGAGGUCCAGGUGGACCUGGAGGACCAGGUCUACUCCCACCAGCUGGACCGGGCCCUGCGGUCGGAGCCCAGGGGGGCCCGGGACCAGGACCAGGGGUUCUGGACCCUCCCCAUCGAGCAGGUCCUGCCGGUCCCCCAGCACAUCCCCGGAUCCUUCAGGGGGAAGUCGUGGGCCGAGAUCGAGCAGGAGGACGAGGAGAAGGUGAACCGGCUGGUGCAGCAGUUCCGGAAGAAGAACUUCCCCUGCUUCUUCGACGCCGAGGCCCAGGACAGGUGCGGUGGGAGGAGCCCCGGUGGGAGGAGCCCCGGUGGGAGGAGCCCCGGGGGGAGGAGCCCCGAGCUGGAGCUAGACUUCAGUCCCCUCCCAUUGGUGGAGCCGGACGACAUCCAGCCGGUGAGGAAGAGGAAGAGGCGGAGCUUCAGGAUGGCGUCCAGGUGUCAGGUGGUGAAAGUCAGUCACGGCACUCAGACCGUCCGAUUGGUCGUCCCUGCUGCCCCGACGCCCCCGGAGGCCCCGCCCCCCGUCAUCCCGUCAGCCAAUCGGAGCGCAGCAUCGAGGGGGCGUCGGCUGAAGACGCCGGAGCUGCUGAGCUGCCGCUCCCUCCCGUCUCUUUACUCCAGCAUCGUCUCACCGGUGCAGCCGCGCACCUCGCUGGUCUACCUGCUGGUCUCGCCCUCAGGCCCCGCCCCCGCCACGCCCUCAGGCCCCGCCCCCAAACGCUGCCGCCGGCGGCACCGCCCGGUAGAGGCGCGGCGCUUCAAGCUAACGUACAAGCCGCUCCCCGUGCAGUUCUACGACCCAGGAACCAACCGGAUCCUGAAGAACCCGCCCAAGGGCGUGGCCCCGGGUAAGGGGACCCGGGGUUCGGGGGCCCGCGGCCCGGGCUCGGGUGCCCGGGACUCCGGGCCGCCCCCCUGCCGACGCCAGCUGUUCCGGAGCCUGAGUCCGGACCUGAACACGGGCCGGCCCCCGGACCAGGACCUGAACACGGGCCGGCCCCCGGACCAGGACCUGAAGGGGGACGCGGUGGGAGACGCCCAGACCAAUGAGGGCCGGCGAAGGGGGCGGGGCAAGUCUCAGGCCCCGCCCCCAGGGCGGGGGAGGGGCGGGGACAGGAAACGGACCACGACCAGAGCCUCAAUCCAGGCCACGCCCCCCCAGCCCAGGAGGGCGGGGCUAAGACGGAAACCUGCGGCUAGCUCCGCCUCCUCCCUGCCGGCCCGCCGGGGCCGAGGGCGGAGGGGGCGGGGCUGCAAGAGGAGGUAGCUACACGGGGGGUCGUGGUGGAUUCAGACGGGUCCCUGGCCCCGGUUCAGGACCAAAAACUGCUGGUCCUGGUCCUGAUGGACCCGGUCCUGAUGGACCUGGUCCUGAUGGAGGUUCAGGUCCAGGUCCUGGUCCUGGCGAAUGUCUCACCUUCAGGACUUUAAUGUCGACGGCGCGGAUUAUUAACGUUGACGAAUGUUGUGGAGGAACAAACCUAACUAGAUCACUUUUACCGACGGCUAAAUGUACCAAAUCAUCGUGAAGCUCUACCGAAUUAUCGUAAACUUGACCCUACCGAAUUAUCGCAAACUUGACCCUACCGAAUUAUCGCAAACUUGACCCUACGGAAUUAUCGUAAACUUGACCCUACCGAAUUAUCGCAAACUUGACCCUACCGAAUUAUUGUAAACUUGACCCUACCGAAUUAUCGUAAACUUGACCCUACCGAAUUAUCGCAAACUUGACCCUACCGAAUUAUUGUAAACUUGACCCUACCGAAUUACCGCAAACUUGACCCUACCGAAUUAUCGCAAACUUGACCCUACCGAAUUAUCGCAAACUUGACCCUACCGAAUUAUUGUAAACUUGACCCUACCGAAUUAUCGUAAACUUGACCCUACCGAAUUAUCGCAAACUUGACCCUACCGAAUUAUUGUAAACUUGACCCUACCGAAUUACCGUCAACUUGACCCUACCGAAUUAUUGUAAACUUGACCCUACCGAAUUAUUGUAAACUUGACCCUACCGAAUUAUCGCAAACUUGACCCUACCGAAUUAUUGUAAACUUGACCCUACCGAAUUAUCGUAAACUUGACCCUACCGAAUUACCGUCAACUUGACCCUACCGAAUUAUUGUAAACUUGACCCUUCCGAAUUAUCGUAAACUUGACCCUACCGAAUUAUCGUAAACUUGACCCUACCGAAUUACCGUCAACUUGACCCUACUGAAUUAUCGUAAACUUGACCCUACCAAAUUAUCGUAAACUUGACCCUACCGAAUUAUCGUAAACUUGACCCUACCGAAUUAUCGUAAACUUGACCCUACCGAAUUAUCGUAAACUUGACCCUACUGAAUUAUCGUAAACUUGACCCUACCGAAUUAUCGUACGACUGACCUUACCAAAUAAUCGUGCGACUGACCCUACCGAAUUAUCGUAAACUUGACCCUACCGAAUUAUCGUAUAAUUGACCCUACCGAAUUAUCGUAAACUUGACCCUACCAAAUUAUUGAAAACUUGACCCUACCGAAUUAUCGUAAACUUGAUCCUACCGAAUUAUCGUAUAAUUGACCCUACCGAAUUAUCGUAUAAUUGACCCUACCGAAUUAUCGUAUAAUUGACCCUACCAAAUUAUUGUAAAAACUAACCCUUCCAAAUUAUCGUAAACUUGACCCGACAAAAUUAUCGUAAACUUGACCUACCGAAUUAUCGGAAACUUGACCCUACCAAAUCAUCGUACAACUCACCCUUCCGAAUUAUUGUAAACUUGACCCUACCGAAUCAUCGUACAACUGACCUUACCAAAUAAUCGUGCGACUGACCCUACGGAAUCAUCGUAAACUUGACCCUACCGAAUUAUCGUAAACUUGACCCUACCGAAUUAUCGUACAACUGACCCUACUGAAUUAUCGUAAACUUGACCCUACCAAAUUAUCGUAAACUUGACCCUACGCAAUUAUCGUAAAGCUGACCUUACCAAAUAAUCGUACGACUGACCCAACGAAUUAUCGCAAAACUGUUCAGAAACAUAGUUAAUAACGGUAAAGUAAAUCUGACAUGGUGACACCUUGACCUUUGACCCCUGACCUUUGACCCCUGAACUCUGACCUUUGACCCCUGAACUCUGACCUUUGACCCCUGCCCUGUGACCUUUGACCCCUGAACUCUGACCUUUGACCCCUGACCCCGUCACUGCCGCGACCCGCCGGUUCUUCUUCUGGCCCUUUGGCCGUGAAACUUGACUCAGGAAGCUGCUGGAAAAACCUAAACUGAUGCCGAUCAAGUAAGAAGUCUGGAGGACAAAGACGAUCAAUGAUCCGAUCAUUAUUGAUCAUUGAUCAUUAUUGAUCAUUGAUGAUUGAUGGACGUCUGCAGGACAGCAGGCGGCGCAGCAGCAGCUUCUAAAGUGUGCGAAUGCAUGCGUGUGUGUGCGCAUGCACAAACCUUUCUGUCACUUUCAAUAAGCUACAUGAAUGCUUUAUUUUUAUAAUUUCCACGUAAAAGUCAGACACAUUUUUUAAAUUCAUUUAUAAAAGAAUUAAGAGUUUGCGUUUCAACGGAAUGUAAAAUUAUUUUUAUACUGUUUUUACAUCUGAAAUGACUUCACACGUCAUGGAAAACAA